ACAAUGUAACACUCAGCACUGCUGCUGCUUCUGUGGCUCUUACAAUGUAACAGCACCGUGAACGGAGACACAACUGAAAAAAGUCAGCGAUCCUGAUGAGUCGACCUCCGGAGUGGGAAAUGCGUUUUUAUUCUCCUGCGAGAUCCCUUCCACCGCCCUAGUGGUCCGUUGACUGGAUUGUAAAGUGUCGUCGCUGACUGGCUUUACAGGAUUGAGUUUAUGUGGAUUAUUGGAACCGGAGGCCCCGUUGAGUUGAAUGUGUGUGCUGGGCUGGAGCGGGUCAGUAUGAGGCUGCUGCUUCUCUGAGCGGGCUCUCCGCUCCUCUGCCUUUGGGUCUCUAUCGAAAUAACAUUUACUUAUAAAACUGGACACCCCUGGAGCAGUUUAUGACGACUCUGGUUGGACCGUAAUGACCACACGCUUCCGGUUGCCUGCAGGCAGAUCCUACAAUGUCCGGGCGACGGAGCUGGCACGCGACAGGCAGCGCACCGAGGUGGUCUGCAACAUUCUUCUUUUGGAUAACACUGUCCAGCCUUUUAAAGUCAAUAAGCACGAUCAAGGACAGAUCCUACUGGACACUGUCUUCAAGCACCUGGAGCUGACCGAGCGAGACUAUUUUGGUUUGCACCUGGCCGACGACUCCUCCGAUAGCCCGAGGUGGCUGGAUCCAAAUAAACCCAUAAGGAAGCAAUUAAAAAGGGGCUCCCCACAUCAUCUGAACUUCCGGGUGAAAUUUUUUGUGAGUGACCCCAACAAACUUCAGGAAGAAUACACACGGUACCUGUAUUUUCUACAGAUUAAGCAGGACAUACUGAGUGGAAGACUGCCCUGUCCGCACAAUACUGCCGCACUCCUGGCAUCAUACGCUGUUCAGUCUGAGCUGGGUGAUUACAGUGAGGCCGAGAAUUUGCCAGGAUACCUGUCUGAGUUCUGCUUCAUCCCCAACCAGCCUCAGGGCUUUGAAAAAGAUGUCACCAAACAUCACCAGCAACACAAGCCUGGACACAGUGGACUUAACCCAGCACAGUCUGAAUUCAAUUAUCUGAACACUGCACGAACGUUGGAACUCUAUGGAGUGGAACUACACUAUGCAAGGGAUCAAAGCAACACAGAGAUUUUCAUGGGCCUGAUUUCAACUGGCAUUGCCAUCUACAAGAACAGGGUACGAAUCAACUACUUUCCAUGGUUGAAGAUUGUGAAAAUAUCUUUUAAAUGCAAACAGUUUUUCAUCCAGAUAAGAAAAGAGGCACACGAGACAAGAGAUACGUUGCUCGGUUUCAACAUGGUAAACUAUAGGGCCUGUAAAAAUCUCUGGAAGGCCUGUGUUGAACACCACACCUUCUUUCGGCUAGAUCGGCCCGUUCCUCCACAGAAGAACUUCUUUGCGCACUACUUCAGUUUGGGCUCCAAGUUCCGUUACUGCGGGAGGACGGAAGCACAAUCUGUUCAGUAUGGCAAGGAUAAGGGAAUCAAGGACAGAGUGUUUGCAAGAUCUCCCAGCAAACCCCUGGACAGAAAGGUGAUGGGUGUGACAGACUGGGAUGCAGUGAGCAGGAACUCACUGUCUGAAGAGAGGCUGGAGACCCGUAGCCUGCCUACCCGCUCCCCCCCUGGGACUCCCAACCAUAGGAACUCCUUAUUUGUGCAAGAGGGUCCCCGGCUACGGCCCUCUUCUAUGGGUCACCUGGUGGACCAUGUCAUCCAUGCCUCGCCCAGCCUUCCUGUUUUCUCCAAUCACAAAUCAGCUUCCUCUACACAAGCUAACAGCAUCAGCCUGGAGUCUACGCCGUCUCCGGAAGGCGUUGAAGGCCCGCCCCCUGCCCUCCCUCCCAAACAGUCCCGGAAGAACCUGAGCCAGCUUAUACUGUCCCACUCCCAACAGGACUUGGACAACCACAUCAACGAAAUGUACGAUGUCCCCAUAGCAACAGACAAGACCAUGCCCAAUGGAGUCGUUCCUCAUGACAACCUUGUCCUGAUUAAAAUGAAACCGGAUGAGAAUGGGAGAUUUGGGUUUAAUGUGAAGGGUGGCUCUGAUCAGAAAAUGCCCAUUAUUGUGUCUCGAGUAGCGCCUGGAACAUCGGCUGAUUUGUGUGUGCCUCGACUGAACGAGGGCGAUCAGGUUGUGAUGAUCAACGGUCGAGAUAUUGCAGAGCACACGCAUGAUCAGGUGGUCAUGUUCAUCAAGGCCAGCUGUGAGAGCCAUUCCGGGGAGCUCAUCCUGUUGGUGCGGCCCAAUGCUAUCUAUGAUGUAGUUGAGGAGAAACUGGAGACGGAGCCGGAUUUUCAGUACAUCCCAGAGAAAUCUCCCACAGACCCAUCACACCUAGACCAGGAUGCCUGGAGGGACUCAAUGCUGCAGUUAAAGGAGGGUCUCAACAAUGCUACUAUACUAGCCCAGUUUGAUCAACUGUAUCGGAAAAGAUCUGGAAUGACAAUGUCAUGUGCCAAAUUACCUCAGAAUAUUUCCAAAAACCGCUACAGAGACAUCUCACCAUAUGAUGCUACUAGAGUCAUCUUGAAAGGCACAGAUGACUACAUCAAUGCAAAUUACAUCAAUAUGGAAAUCCCUGCCUCCCGUCUCAUAAACCGCUAUAUCGCCUGCCAGGGGCCGCUGCCCAACACGUGCCCGGAUUUCUGGCAGAUGACAUGGGAGCAGGGCUCCUCUAUGGUAGUCAUGCUUACUACUCAGGUUGAACGAGGACGUGUAAAGUGCCAUCAGUACUGGCCGAACCCCUCAGGUAGCGCUACAUAUGGCGGCUUUCAGGUUUCCUGCCAGACUGAGGAGGGAAACUCUGCUUUCUUGGUUAGAGAUAUGACUCUUAAUCACAUUGAGAGUGGGGAGAGCAGGGAGUUGACCCAAAUCCAGUACCUGGCAUGGCCUGAUCAUGGUGUACCAGAUGACUCAACGGACUUCCUGGAUUUCGUGGCUCUGGUCCGCAAUAAACGAGCUGGGAAGGAUGAGCCCGUUGUGGUCCACUGCAGCGCUGGGAUUGGCCGGACGGGAGUUCUCAUCACCAUGGAGACGGCAAUGUGUCUGAUGGAGUGCAGUCAGCCAGUGUAUCCGUUAGACAUUGUGAGGACCAUGCGGGAUCAGAGGGCCAUGAUGAUUCAGACGCCUAGCCAGUUCAAGUUUGUGUGCGAGGCCAUACUGAAGGUUUACGAGGAGGGCCUGGUGAAACCGCUCAAGUCCAUUCUGCACGAAUCCAACUAAUGCAAUGCCAGCUUUUCCCGAAAAUGAUGCUGAAAUUCACUGACAGGAUCUUCUCCACGUGAUGAUAUCGCAGCUUCAUGACAGAGCGAUGGAGAAGCAUCUCGAGCCAGGAACACAGGACAUAAAAAAAAAAAAAGCACUGCUGCACUUUAUGCUGGCAAAGAGACUAUAUGCCAGGCUUUAAUGAGGAGAGAAAGAAAGGACAAAAAAAUCUAACAAAGGUGAAUUAGGUACAUGUUGGGACUUUGAGUGUUCAGGGUUUUGACAAAUAUAUAUGUUAAUAAUGAAUAUAGUAAAGAGAUUGCUGGUGCCAUAUGUAAGUGUGUAAGGGCAGGCCCGUGAAUGAAUGUUUUUAUAUGUGGUCACCUAUUAUUUGGAGACAAACAACACCCACAAAUCAAUUCACAUCCAGUCUUGUGCUGCAGAUGAACAUUUGUAUUUUUAUUAGAAAUAUUUAUUGUUUUACUUUCAAUUUUUCAGCCCUGCUUAUGCAACUUAUCUAACUACUAACAAAUCAAAAUUCAUAUUUCUUAUAUAUUUUUUUUCUGUUUGCUGUUCUCCCUCUUUGGCACAGGGUGAAAAUAGUUUAAUUUAUUUUGCUGUCAAACUAAAAUGCUGUCAACAAGGACUUUAAAGCACUUUGCAUUACAGCUGUGAUGCAAAAUAUCAGUUCAGUCUCUCAAUGCAGAUGUUAAAGGAAUAGUUCAUCCAAAAGUAUUUUAAUUAUUUACUCACCCUUGUGUCUUUCCAAUCCCAUAUGUUCUUUCGUCAACAGAAUGCAAAGAAGAUGUUUUGAGAAAUGUUCAUGCUGCUCAUUUUCAUACAAUGAAAGCCUACAAGAAAAAAGAAAAAAAACACCAUUAAGGCCUGUACACACCAGGACGAAUAUCGCAACGUGCUUAUCGCCAGCGUUUUUCAAGACGAUUUUCGUGUUCAUACCCAAGCGAUUUUCACUGGCGAUGCGCCGAGUGAACGUGCAAAUUCACUCCCUGACAGUAUAUGGCGCUUGUGCUGAAUGGUAGUGCAAAUAAACAUAUUUAUGAUACUAAUAAAAUUAAAGAAGAUAAGAAUACAUAUAUGGCAUAUAAUCGCGCUGCGAUAUUCGUCCCGGUGUGUACAGACCUUAAUAUUGACUAUAUUCCAAAUCUUCUUAAGCCAAAUAAUAGCUUUGUAUGAGGAAAAGACUAAAAUUAACUUUAAUUACUGAAAAUAUUCCUCCCAAAUGCAAGAACCAGCGAGACUGUUGAAUAUUAAAUUUAGGACCACAAACCAACCAGGAAUUCACUUAUGGAAGAUUCUUUUGAAAAUUAAAUUGAUUCUUUUUACUUUUCUUUUUUUAAAUUCAUGCUGUUGUUUUGUUGUAAGAAGAAUGCCAUUCAGAAAUUUGAUCUGUCUAGAAGCAAACAUUCCCUCAAAAUGAACUACAUUAUCAUUUAAAAUCAGAUAUUCAAUUAAAGGGUUUAGUAUCCCUUGUAGGUAAUGUAAUAUCUAUGUGUUGCGAAUAAGAACUGCUUUUUUUGUUGUUGCUAAAUCUGAACGUUACACACCACAGUGUGUCAAAUGCAGUACUGUGUUGGGGAUCAGAUUGGAGUUUGUUUAUGGUUGACCUGUUUAUUUCUUGUUGCAGACUGCUCAUGCAGAAUAUCUCGCCAACAUUAGCAAGCUGAGAGUGUGUCCAGUAUGUGUGUUGUUAUUACCAUAGGCGCCGAUCCCGUGGCUGCUCGGGGGCUGGAGCACCCACGGAAAAAUACGAAAUAUUCUCCAUUGAUUUAAACCAAUAAAAAAUAGAUUUCAGCUUUCAGACACGAUGUUCACUUUUUUAUAGUUUAUUUAAGGUCGUUUCUAUUGCGUUAUUUUAAAGACAAACGUCGAGAGCGCAUCCAAGUGAUGCGCGAGCACAAAUCUCUCAAUUCGCAGGCGGAUUUCCUUCAGUCUCGCGCAAAACUGGACGCGCAUUCUCAAAUAUACGGUCUAGUGGCUCUGCUCUCACUCAGAUACGUGCGCGCGCUCAAAUUCAAACUGUCCUUGCUCUUUCCCUAAAAUGGUCGUCUUUCCUGGAUUUAGAAGCUUUUAAAACAUAACAAAAACUUAAAUCGGUGCCUAUGGUUAUUACUGUAUGUUUCUGCUGUCUCUAUGUGUGUAAGUGUGUUUUAUAAUACUGAUAGUGUGAAUGUAAUAACCCAAAUCACAUGUUCAGGUUUGAUCUAGGCCUGGUUCAAUACAUUAGAGCUGGUGCCUGGUUCAGACUGUAUGAUUUUAUUUAGUUUAUUUAAUUAAGCCCUAGUGUUAUGACCAGUCUUAUGUUUAGAAUCCAUCAAAUCCAACGUUGGCAUUGAUUUUGACAAAAUUGCAUUGGCUUCUCAUGCUAAAAUGUUGCUGUUUGAGAUGUCUGCAAAUUAAAUGUGUGACCCAUUGCCCAGUUUCGCAGGAUGUCUUUAGUUGACCGCAGAGUUGUCCAUACCUGUACUCUUUGUAAGGUACUAUCUACUUUUACAGUCAAUCAUUUGUCAUUUCUUUGUGGUCAUGCUUGCUGGAGAACCUUGGUUUUAGGACCAAAUAAUUCCUUUCUAUGCUCAACAGGUUAUUUAAAACAGGAAUACGACAUGCAAUUUGGGAGAAACUACACGCCUCCUGUCUUGUGGGAAAGGCAGCACUUUUUCAACAAAGAUGUACUAUUGUAGACUGGCGUUAACGUUUAUUUGCUGCAAGGUCAAGUUGUGCCACUUGUCCGUUUUUAUGAAAAUAUUAUAAAGUGUACAUACAAUGUUGUAUAUUAAAAAGAAAGUCUUUAAAAUAAAAUAAGGUGUUUAAUCUGG